GGGGCGGGGCGGGGCUGGCCCGGCGGGGCUGGCUCGGCCCCAGCGUGGCCAUGGCGGGGCUGCUGGGGCUGCGCGGAGCCGGGAGGGCGCUGGUGGCAGCCCGGGCGAUCCCCGCCGCCUCCGGGCCGUGCCCUGCUCGGGGCUGCGGGGAAGCGGCGGCGCUGCGGGCCAUGGGCUUCAGCCAGGAGCAGGCCCGGCGGCUCCUGGCCCUGCGGCCCCGGCUCGGCCCCGAGCACCGGGAGGCGGCGGCGGCGCAGCUGCUGCUGCUCGGGCUGAGCGCCGAGGCCGCCCUGGCCCUGCUGGAGCAGAGCCCGGCGCUGCUGCGGCUGCCCACGGAGAGACUCCGGGAGCGCGCCCAGGAGCUGCGGCGCCUGGGGCUGGACGGAGGCCGGCUGCGGCGGGCGGUGAGCCGCUGCCCACAGCUCUUCCACGUGCCCCGGAAGAGGCUGGAGGCGGCGGUGCGGCUGCUGCGGGAGCGCUGCCUUUUCACGGCGGAGCAGCUGCGGGAAGUGCUCGAGACCUGCCCCACCGUCCUGCUGGAGGAGCCGCGCACCCUCCAUCACCAGUUCCAGUACGCCUACUUCAGAAUGGGGGUCCAGCAGAAGGAGAUGGUGAAGGCUCGGCUCUUCCAAAUGUCCUUUGCCGAGCUCCGGAAUCGGCACAUCUUCCUGGAGCGCCGGGGGCUCUACGUGACCCCACACAAAGGGCAGACCCAAACUAGUAACCCAAAACUGAAGGACAUCCUUCAGCUCCCAGAGAAAGACUUCCUGGCCAGUCUGGCCUACUCAACCCCGGAGGAGUAUGAGGUCUUCAAGAAGCUGCUGGCUCGAGAGGAGAAGGAGAAGGAAGAGGAGGCUGUGGACGCACUAUACACAGAGGAGGAUGAUGAUGAUGAUGAUGAUGAUGAUGAUGAUGAUUUGGACAGUGAUGAAAGUAAAACAGCCAGGGAGUGAGGAGGUGAGGCUCUGAGGUGCCCAAGCCCUCCCCUGCUGUUGCACUCUCUGGCUGCUUUGGGCUCCCACCCCACACCAGCACAAGCUGGGGUGGGUGCAGGGCCUGAGUGGUGGUGUACCAAUAAAUCCCAUCUGUCAAAUAUAA